CUGCCGGAGCGGCCGGCGGUGCGGAAGGGGCGCCGCGGACAGACCCGGCGGCGGCGGCGGCGGCGGGCGGCCGGCAUCCCCACGCUCGGACCGCGGCGGGCGCGAUGUCCACCAAGGUCAGGAAGUGCAAGGAGCAAGCGAGGGUGACCUUCCCCACGCCGGAGGAAGAGGAGGAGGAGGGCGAGGACGAAGGCUCGGAGCCGCAGCGCCGCCGGCGGGGCUGGAGGGGCGUCAACGGGGGGCUCGAGCCGCGCUCGGCGCCCUCCCCGCGGGAACCGCGCGGCUACUGCCCGUCGCCCUUCUCCCCCGGGCUGGACAUGUCCAUGGAGGGAAGCCCAUCUCUGAGGCGCAAGACGGUGAUGCGGGAAAAGGGCCGGCGCCAGGCAGUCCGGGGCCCGGCUUUCAUGUUCAAUGACCGGGGCACGAGCCUUACCGCCGAGGAGGAGCGCUUUCUGGACGCUGCGGAGUAUGGCAACAUCCCUGUGGUGCGCAAGAUGCUGGAGGAGUCCAAGACGCUGAACGUCAACUGCGUGGACUACAUGGGCCAGAACGCGCUGCAGCUGGCUGUGGGCAACGAGCACCUGGAGGUGACGGAGCUGCUGCUCAAGAAGGAGAACCUGGCGCGAAUCGGCGACGCCCUGCUGCUUGCCAUCAGCAAGGGCUACGUGCGCAUCGUGGAAGCCAUCCUGAACCACCCCGGCUUCGCGGCCAGCAAGCGCUUGACCCUGAGUCCCUGUGAGCAGGAGCUCCAGGACGACGACUUCUACGCCUACGACGAGGACGGCACGCGCUUCUCGCCCGACAUCACGCCCAUCAUCCUGGCGGCGCACUGCCAGAAGUACGAGGUGGUACACAUGCUGCUGAUGAAGGGCGCCAGGAUCGAGCGGCCGCACGACUAUUUCUGCAAGUGCGGAGACUGCAUGGAGAAGCAGAGGCACGACUCUUUCAGCCACUCACGCUCAAGGAUCAAUGCCUACAAGGGGCUGGCAAGCCCCGCGUACCUGUCCUUGUCUAGCGAGGACCCGGUGCUCACCGCCCUGGAGCUCAGCAACGAGCUGGCCAAGCUAGCCAACAUAGAGAAGGAGUUCAAGAAUGACUAUCGGAAACUCUCCAUGCAAUGCAAAGACUUUGUGGUGGGUGUGUUGGAUCUUUGCCGGGACUCAGAAGAAGUAGAAGCUAUUCUGAAUGGAGAUCUUGAAUCCACAGAGCCUCUAGAGCUACACAGGCAUAAAGCUUCCCUGAGUCGUGUCAAGCUUGCUAUUAAGUAUGAAGUGAAAAAGUUUGUGGCUCACCCCAACUGCCAGCAGCAGCUCUUGACAAUCUGGUACGAGAACCUCUCAGGCCUGAGGGAACAGACCAUAGCUAUCAAGUGUCUGGUUGUGCUUGUUGUGGCCUUGGGCCUCCCAUUUCUCGCCAUUGGCUACUGGAUCGCACCAUGCAGCAGGCUGGGGAAAAUUCUGCGAAGCCCUUUUAUGAAGUUUGUUGCACAUGCUGCUUCUUUCAUCAUCUUCCUGGGCCUGCUUGUGUUCAAUGCCUCAGACAGAUUCGAAGGCAUCACCACGCUGCCCAAUAUCACUGUUAUUGACUAUCCCAAGCAGAUCUUCAGGGUGAAAACCACCCAGUUCACGUGGACAGAGAUGCUAAUUAUGGUCUGGGUUCUCGGAAUGAUGUGGUCUGAGUGUAAGGAGCUCUGGCUGGAAGGACCUAGGGAAUAUAUUUUGCAGUUGUGGAAUGUGCUGGACUUCGGGAUGCUCUCCAUAUUCAUUGCUGCUUUCACGGCCAGAUUCCUAGCUUUCCUUCAGGCAACAAAAGCACAGCAGUAUGUGGACAGUUAUGUCCAAGAGAGCGACCUCAGUGAAGUUACGCUUCCACCGGAGAUCCAGUAUUUCACUUACGCCAGAGAUAAAUGGCUCCCUUCUGACCCUCAGAUCAUAUCUGAAGGCCUAUAUGCUAUAGCUGUUGUGCUCAGCUUCUCUCGGAUUGCAUAUAUCCUUCCUGCAAAUGAGAGCUUUGGCCCCUUGCAGAUCUCUCUUGGAAGGACUGUGAAGGACAUUUUCAAGUUCAUGGUCCUCUUUAUUAUGGUGUUUCUUGCCUUUAUGAUUGGCAUGUUCAUACUGUAUUCUUACUACCUUGGAGCUAAAGUAAAUGCUGCUUUUACCACUGUAGAAGAAAGUUUCAAGACUUUGUUUUGGUCGAUAUUUGGAUUGUCUGAAGUCACUUCCGUUGUGCUCAAAUACGAUCACAAAUUCAUAGAGAAUAUUGGAUACGUUCUUUAUGGAAUAUACAAUGUAACUAUGGUGGUCGUUUUACUCAACAUGUUAAUUGCUAUGAUUAAUAGCUCAUAUCAAGAAAUUGAGGAUGACAGUGAUGUAGAAUGGAAGUUUGCCCGUUCAAAACUUUGGUUAUCUUAUUUUGAUGAUGGAAAAACAUUACCUCCACCUUUCAGUCUAGUUCCUAGUCCGAAGUCAUUUGUUUAUUUCGUCAUGCGGAUCAUUAACUUUUCCAAAUGCAGGAGGAGCCGGCUGCAGAAGGAUAUAGAAAUGGGAAUGGGUAACUCCAAGUCCAGGUUUACAAAGUGCUUUGCUGUACACUUGAGCCUCAUGCAACACUGUGAGUUAAACCUCUUCACUCAGUCUAACUCAAGAGUUUUUGAAUCACACAGUUUUAACAGCAUUCUCAACCAACCAACACGUUAUCAGCAGAUAAUGAAAAGACUUAUAAAGCGAUAUGUUCUGAAAGCACAAGUGGACAAAGAAAAUGAUGAAGUUAAUGAAGGUGAAUUAAAAGAAAUCAAGCAAGAUAUCUCCAGCCUUCGUUAUGAACUUUUGGAGGACAAGAGCCAAGCAACUGAGGAAUUAGCCAUUCUGAUUCAUAAACUCAGUGAGAAACUGAAUCCUAGCAUGCCGAGAUGUGAAUGAUUCAGUGACCUGGAAUAAUGGCUUUGACUACAGCACAAAAGUGGGCAAUAAUAUUUCUAAGUAUGAAAUACUUGAAAAACUAUGGUGUAAAUUUUUAGUAUUAACUACCUUUAUCAUGUGAAUCUUUAAAACUUAGGUCUUAAUGAUUUUAUUGUUUUAUCACAUGAAAAUGCUCUUCAUUUUAAUUGUCUGCCUUGACAUUAUAAACAAUGACAUGCCAUUGUAUUUAAAGGCCCAGUAUUAUUUCAUUACUGACACUUUUGUCCACUUUAGAAUAAACUCUAUGUCUUUGCACUACCUGUUUGCUUCCAAGAGACUGUAAGCUUCUUGGGGACAGGGACCAUGUCUUAUUCAUCUUAGUGUCUCCAGCGUCUAGUACAGUGCCUGGUACAUAGUAGGUGCUCAAUAAAUGUUGAAACCAACUGAACAGAACUGCCAACAAAAUACAAAUAAAAAUGAAAAGGCCAUCACCAUGUAGCAUUCCUUCCCUUGUCCAAGUGCUAAGAGGUUUUUUUUUUUUUUUUUUUAAUAGAAAUUAAAGAAAUUUUAUAACCAGCUAUGACGGUAAGAUUUUCUUAGAAUUUUUGGCAUCACUCAUAAUCCUAGAACCUUUGAGCCCUGAAUGAAGAAUUUAACAAUGAAAUGAAUUAAUAGAAAAUAUAAUUACAUUACAUAUUUAAGUUUCAUAGAAUUGUUCAAAAUGACACAUUAAAGAUUUUUCUAAAGUAUAUAGAGUUUGUUUUCUGUCUUAAAUUUUCAUUUGUUGUUUUUCGGUAAUGUGAAUUUAUUCAGUGGGGUGGUGAGUUUGUUUUUUUAAAGUUAGGGUCCAUGCAGGGUUGCUAUUUUGUGAUAACCUUCUAAUUUCUGCCUCUGAUGUUUAAUGCUAAAGAAGCUAUCAACCACUAACUUUUAUCUUGCCCAUUAGCUUCAUUCUGAGUUUUAGAGGGUAUGUGUAUGGGAAGAACCAAGAGUGAGCAAUGGCUGUCUACAUGGAAACACAUAUUCAAGCAGCACCAGGUAUGUUUCAUUUCCCUUUGAGGCAUCUCUUGCUAUCACUACUUAGUGAUUGACAUCCUUUUUCUUAUCGAAGCAUUUCAGUUACACUUUUUACACAAAAUGGAUGGUGAUGAGCCUGUAAUUGAUUUAUUCUAUAACUGAGCUAAAUACUGGUAAUAUCCGCACCACCUCACAACGUUAAUAAGAAAGGGGAUAUAGGCCAGUAAUAUCCCUCAUCUAUUCACAGAACAUAAAGCACUCAAAAAAAUUUUUUUAACCAGCUGGGUUUUAAUCUCUUAUAGUGUUGGGCUUAUUGCCUGGAUUCUCUUCACUCUGUUUUUUUGUAAAGUCUUAAGGGAAUAUGAUUUUUGAUCAUAGCUCAAGGAUAGUUUUAUAGGUUCUAAAAACCAAUUAAAUACAUGAUACUUCAAAAAUCAUUUAUAUCACAAAGGAAGGCUUUCUAGGCAUGAAAAUAAAAAUGAACAUUAAAUGGUACUACAUAAGGAUCUUUAAAGAUAAUUUCUUAAUUUCUACUUUUGGGGAGUUAAAACAGUUAAGGUAAGAAAAGAACUUUAUACAGUUUUACUACUAUAAAAUAUUUCAUUAACUUUUGUGCCAUGCUAAUGGUAUUUUGUCUGAAACAUUUUCAAACUUUUUGUAUUUUAUGUUAUAUCUCAGAACUGAAUAGAAUAUUGAUUUUUAAUCAUUAUAUGUUACUAUAGUUUAUAAUAAAACAGUAAAGACAUGGAGUUUCCAUAAUAGACAAUACUUUCAGUCUUCUAGUAUUAUCUAGGAGUCCCAGAAAAAUAAGUGUUUGCCUAUAGGUAUGGAACAGCAUAUUUAGUAAUAUUCCUAAGUGGGACUGGAAACAUUUUGAAUGACAAAGUGUCAGAUUCAUCUGAGGACAUCCAAUCUAGGAUCCUUGGAGUCUUGGAAGAAGAUAAAGCUCAUGGCAUAUAUACCCUGUGAGAAAAUACUUCCUUUUAUUUUUUUUUAAAGCCCAUGCCUCCCACAACUAUAGUGUUCUCAACAUAGAUUGUUUUUGUUUUGUUUUGUUUUUACUAUAUUUACAUAAAAUUGGUAUAUUUCUGUAUUUCUUUUUUUUCCUUCUUCAUAGCUUCUAGGUGGUAGCCCAAGAUGGAAGAUGGGUUGCCAAGGUGCGGUGGAUACUAUUGAUGCUAUUGAUAUCCUGCCCAGAUCCUUUUUGUGGGCCAGUGCAGGCAUGUCCCAGAUUCUGUGUGUGCUGGCUUCUUAGUAGUUCGCAACUAUCCCCUCCCCCCGGGGAAUUACCCUCCAUUGAAAGGAAGCAGCCUUGCCCUGGCUGUUAUGCCUCCUCUUCCCCAUAUCAAUGACAGAUUGACUGGGGUGGAGACAAAAAGCCUGGGCGCUUGUUUCAAGGUAGGACCAACUUUUUGGUGUAACUCAUGUUCUAGAGCUUUGGGAGGCAUUAGGCUCAGCCAGACUCCAGUCUGGCCAAAUAAGGGUUUAGCUUUUUUCCUCUGUCUUACCCCAUUUCCCUUCCUCCCUUUCUGCUGAGAACAUUCCUUCAGUAAAUCAGCACAUCCAAAUCUUGGUAGACUUUGUCCCCAGUAAGCUCAUCCUAAGACCUGGGUAUUAUUGUGGCACUAUAGAGGCAAGGUAAGGAUUACUCUAGGCAAUUGCUGUCAAAGUUAGUACCUCUUUGAGGUUAAUGAUACAAGUCUGGGUCAGCAAGUCCUUGCCCCACUCACCAUUUUAACAUGCAUUUAAUGCAUUUAAUGUACACUGGGGUUAAAGCAAUGCUCAAAGAAGUCGUUGGGGCAACUCGGGGAAGGGAACAUUUUAACAGGACCCAAAACAAUUUGUUUAGCAGAAGACAUUUAGGUAUUUAUGAUUAAUUAGAAAAUUAUCAAAGUCCUAGAUCUCUUUUUCAACCUCGCUGCUGUUCAUAGUUUUUUCCUCGGUUACAGAUAAAGGAAAGAAAGAAACUCCCAAAUUGCUUCUUAGGCUUAUUUAAAAUUUUUGACACUUUGUGUUUCUGUAUUUAAUAUACUGAAGACCCUUGACUUAAUGGCCUUCACAAUAUGUUGAGAAGCUUAGACUCAUAGACUUGAAAUAAAAGAGGGAACUAAGCAAAAUAAAUAUCCAGUGUUUUCAGAGCUUUUUGCACUAUAAAAACUUAAAAAUGACAUAUUUUGUGAUUAUGAAAAGCAAAGUUAGUACAACUUAGGAUAACUCUUUUACCGAAACAUGUCCAAUGUAUUUCAUUUACACAGUCAUAUCUGAUAUAUUUCAAUUUUAAAUGUAUUAAGCCAAAUGAAAGCUUUUGUAAAUGGGAGGGUAAAUUGUCUUAUGGAUGAUGUCUAAAGAGAACUGAAAUCACAUUGACAGUUAAUUGCAUGUUUCAUACCUUGUUCAGUCAAACAGGGUUAUGCUACAAGUAGGUUCUCAGUCUUUGGGUGUCAUAGAGCUGUUUCAGGGGGUUGAUAUCAUCAUCCAAGGUGAUAAUGAUCUCUCUCCCCAUGUUUCUUUUUUUAAAUCAAUCUAAAAGGGUCAUUUGUUAUUUUUUUUU